AGGCUGAUAUUCUCUGCCCACAAUUGCACAAAACUCAAAUUGAACGUACAAAUAAAUUGCUAACGAGAACUGCGUAUAAAUAAAAUUUGUAAAGUUAAUAAUUCGAUUCUUAAAAUUCGUGUGAAAAACAAGAAAGAAAAUGAGUUCGGAUGAGAUCAAGUUGGAGGCUGCCUAUGAGAAGUUGAUAGAGGAGGACAUCAGAAGUCAGUUGGAGAAAAAUGGAACCAUGGCACUAUUACGAAGUGAAAUGCAUGUGAAAGUUCUUCAAAUGAUGCGGGGUCAGCUGGAGGUGUCCAAAAAAAAUCCCCUGAAGGGUAGAUUAUCCAACGGAGGGAAUCUUUCCGAGGACCAUAGCCUCAUCAAGCUUAUCAACCAACUGGUUAUGGAGUUCUUUCAUUGGUUCGGCUACAAACACACCCUGGAAACAUUUCGCAUGGAAACGGGUGAAAUUGUGACCAAUCGCAAUGAAAUGGAGCAAAGUCUACUUAUCACACCCGAAGCGAAGGAUCUUCCCCUCCUGGCUCAGCUAGUAAUGCGAGAUUGGAAAUUCCAUGGGGGUAAUGUGGGUCCAAAGAAGGUUGUUCAGCUGCCAGAUCCUGUGAGUUCCAUGCCCCAACGAUGCCGAAAGUUAAAGGAGGAGCUGCAAGCUCUGCGAAAACAAAAGCAAGCUAAGGGAAGAGUUCAACCAGAAGUCAAGCUUGUGCAAUACAAUCGAAAACUGAUUAAUAAUGAUCAGUAUCAAAAACCCCUCACUCCGAAGAAGAAUAGUCCAACUCGUUCGCUGAAGAAAGAUAGCUCUGCGUCUGAUAUCCUGGAAACGGAUUAUAGUGAAUAUGAGUCCGAUGAUAGUGAUGCCUAUAAGGACAUACCAGAUAGACAGUUCUUCGUAGACGACUUGCCACCAGAGGGUAAAUACGCUCCUGGCCAUGGCGAAGAGGGUUCCGAGGGUCUAUUUCAGGAAUAUGAAGGUAAUAUUAAUACCGACGAAACACCAAGCUCAUCCAAGAAACCAACAAGCUCAAGAAGACCGAAAACCCCACCCCAUGAAGGAUCAGAGUCUGGCGAUAAAGCCUCAAUCUUCAGCAAGAAAAACGGUCCAAAGAAAAACUUUUGGAUCUCCCCGAGAAGACUUCAACAUCAAAGCCACAAUAAUUUAAAAUCUGAUGAUGAUCAACUGGUUCCGGCUGUCACAAAACCCAAAUGCCCAGAUACCCACAUAGGAAAAGUCGAUUUGGACAGCGAUGGCAGCUCUGAUGAUGAUUGAUCUUAGGAUUUCGAACAUAAAUUUGCCAUCUCUAAUCUUGUAGUUGUUAGUUUUGCAUAAUAAACUAUUCGAUUUGGAUGUAGGAGCUUUAAAUAUACUAA